UAUAUUGAGAGGUUGGUUGCUUAAAUUGAAGUACUACCAACACAUAAACAACAACCACAAACACAUACACAAAUAACACAGGCAAAAAUGAAACGCGCUGCCAUUGUUGAUCCUAUCAUAGAGAUUACUAAAUGGGCUGUGAAUGAGUACAACAAAGGCGGACAUUGUCUGAAGUUUGAAAAGGUUUUGAAGUCUGAAGUCGUCGCUGUGAAUGGUAUGCUCUACAAAAUUGAUCUGGAGGCAUCCAACGGUGGCUUGUUGGAUAAGUACUAUGCACAAGUAUAUGAUUACCUCGGAGAACGAACACUCCAAGAGUUCAAGCCUCUGUUGCAAGCCAACUCCCUGUUGGAAGUCGAUGCAAGUAUCGGCAUUCUCAAGCCUGUGUUGGGAGUUGAUGCGCAUGUUGCCAUUCCCAACUAAUCUCAUGCACACGCAAUCUUAUGAAUAAAUUGUGCAAGCUAAUUGAGCAUUUAGUGUGCUCAGUUACAAGUACAACAAAAGUAUUAUGAUCUACUACUACUAGUACCUUUUUAAUAGUCUUAUUAUAUGACUUAGUUCUUGUACUUGUGUACUACUACCCCUACAUACCUAAAUAAAACGGAUUUUAUGGAUCCAGUUUAUAUGCA